GGUGGCACUGACUGGCACUGAAGGGUGACACUGAAAGGCAGCUCAGAUGGGCACUGAUGUGCACUGGUAGGCACUGAUAUGUGGCAUUGAUGUGGCACUGAUGGGCCCUGGCAGGUGGCACUGUUCAGCACUGACAGCUGGCACUGAUGGACACUGACAGGUGGCACUUCUGGGGCCACACUGAUCAUCAGGGCACACUGAUCAUCAGUGCCCUGAUGAUCACUGUCAGCAUGACAGCUCGAGAGGAG